UUUUUGUCACUUAAGUCGCACACUCUCCAAACAUGGGGUUUGUAACAGACCAAAGGCCAAGGGAACACUCAAAAUGCUAGGGAAAACAAAGAAAAAAUAACCCAAUUCUCAAUUAGAGCAGUAUUGGAGAGAUGGAAACAGGGAAAGUAAUAGUGGAGAAAGUAAGAGGAAAAUCAACAGUUACAAAGUGCUUCUCAAAGUAUCCCCUCAAAUUCAUCAUCCCCAGAAAGGUGGGUUCUUCUGAAAGUGAAGCUGUUUGGAUUUACACAAUCACUUAUGGUGGAGGAAUUGUCUCUGGAGAUUCUAUAGCAUGUGAUAUUAUAGUGGGAAAUGGUUGCACCACUGUUUUGACCACUCAAGCUUCUACCAAGGUCUAUAAAGCUGUGGGAUCAAAGUGUUCUGAACAAAUGUUGGAGGCAAGAAUAGGAAGCAAUGCCUUUUUGGCUGUAAUUCCAGAUCCAGUGACCUGUUUUUCCACCGCAAAAUAUUCUCAGAGGCAAGUGUUCAAAGCUAUGUCAGACUCAAGUUUGCUUAUAGUCGAUUGGAUGACUAGUGGCCGUCAUGAAAGAGGAGAAAAAUGGGAUUUUGAUCUUUAUAAGAGCACGAAUCACAUCUUUCAUGAUGGUGAUGAGCCUUUAUUCCUUGAUACAAUAUUGUUAGAACAAGGAACAGAUGCAGGUCUUGCUGAGCGUAUGCAAGACUAUCAAGUGACCGCGAUGGUGAUAUUAUUGGGGCCAAAGUUGAAGCAUGUCCAAAACCAAAUCCAGGAAGAUGUAAAGAAAAUAAUGUCUGAGAGUUUACACAUGCCUACAAUUGGUUCAAGACAGUACACUAGUAGACAUAAUGAUCAUAACUUGACCAAACCAAGUUUCCUUGCUUCCUGCAGCGUAUUUGGUCCAAAGGUAUGGUUAAGGCUGCGUACACACCACCCUCCUCAGACCCCACUUGUGGGAUCACACUGGGGAAUUGGUGUUGUUACUCGAAUAGCUGCCGUGACUACCGAAUCAGUCUACAAUUUUCUGCAACAUCAAUUGUCCAGUAUGGAGCCACUACUUGGUGUCCGUCCAUAUUCUUAAGCAAGUCAAUAAGCAUUUUCCUGUUCACUCAAAUGCCAUCACGAUCAUCCUAGUUGCAGGUUUGAAAUAACUUUUCUUUUCCGAUAUGAGGAAAGUGCUCACUGUAAACUGUCCCGAGGUUUGCCGUGGAUGGAUCACCAGCUUUUGAACAUGGGACAACGAUUAAGGUGGUUACUGUUUAUCGAGAUGGAGAAUAACCGUGCCAGAUCAAGAAUAUUAAAAUGAUGUUAUAUCAACAGGUCAUAACAUUCAAAGUGAAUUGAAAAGUCUUAUUUGGGGGACAUCAUGUAUCCUGUAAUUUCAUUGUGAAUCUUUCCCCAGCAAGAAAUGAAUCUUUGAACCGGGUAUUAAGGAGUGGGGUGCAACUCAAAUACAAAUUGAUCAUUUCUGUAUUUAGAGCUUUGGGAAUUUGAAUUUCUCUUCUUUCCUGCUGCAAAAAUGUUGCCUCUUGUUUUCUUUUUCUGAGAAUGUAUCUUAUGUAAUUCGUAGUUAUGCCUUCCAGUAAAUGUCUCUGAUUUUGUUGUCUUUUCAAAUUUUUUGGUAUGUUUACGACCUAUUAAAGCAUGAUACAUUGAUGAGUGGUAGAGGACAAGAAGUAUUCAUUGAAAGAGAUGGAACACUCUUUUGUGGAUAAAAAAUUAAA